AUGAAUAGUCUGAACAGUGUUCAUAUAGACAAUAUCAACACUACAGGAUAGCAGGACACUUCUAUGUGUAAAAACCCUCAGGUAAAUCAAGAUUGCGAUUCUUCUUCCAUUAUUCUGCUCAAAAAGAUUGAAGCUCCAAGUCCAGAUAUCCCAGGUUUAGGGUAAUCAGUUUUUAAGCCUUUUCAAAAAUUAAUCAUUUACUAUCACAUUGGAUUUUUCGUUAAAAAACUUCUAAAAUAUAUCAAACCUGAUUAAUAAUUCAAACCUAAGCACUACACGUUAAUUGAUGAUAAAAGUGCAGGCAACAUCAAAGAUUUUAUAAACUAUGCUGGAAAAUCAAAAGCUUAAGUAAUGCAAUAUCCGAGUCUAGAGGAAGUAAACUUUUUUGUCAGAAUGAGGUACAGAUAUAAAUAAUGCAUAACUAAUUUCAAACAGAAAAUCUUUUACUUGUUCGAAUAAAUCCCUUUGAUAGACCCUUCAUUUAAAAUCAAAAUCAUAUGGGAUCUUCUAUUGAAUUGUUUCAGGAUAUACUUAAUUUAUAUCAUACCAAUAAUAAUCACUUUUGAACAAUUAAUCGAAAAUUAUGAUCUAAUAAUAAUAAUAUCUCAAACAGUCUUUGCGAUUGAUUUCCUAUUAAGAAACAUUACAAUCUACUACGAUUAAGGCUUACCCGUAAUCGAUAGAUAUCAAAUAGUCAAAAACCAAUACCAUAUCACUAACCUCAUAGAACUGCUUGAAAUAUUGUCCCUAUUAGGAAUGGCUUACUUUAAAUUUGAUUUCAAUAGUCAAUUUAUUCUAUUUGAUGGUUGGCCCAAAUUUUGGAUGCUGCUCUACUUUAUACAAUUAAAGAAUCUAUUAAAUUUCAUAGGGUCAUGGCAAUAAUAAUUCAUAAUGGGAUAGUUGGCAUCCUCUUUAAUAGAACUCUCCAAAUUGAUAGGCUUAUUACUAAUAAUCCAGCACAUAUUCAGUUGUAUUUGGCUCAUGAUUGGAAGAUACAACCAAAUAUCGGGCAUUACAAAUUGGAUAUCUGCAUUUAAUUUAGAUAACGUGCCUUGGAGUGAAUUAUAUAUCGAAUCUAUGUAUUUCACUAGUGUCACCAUGUACACAGUUGGUUAUGGAGACAUACAUCCAAUAAAUAUAUCCGAGAAAAUUUUCGCAUUUUUAUUUGUAUUCGUUUGCACAUUUCAAUUAUCAUUCAGCUUAAAUACGAUUGGAGAGAUUUUGACAAGAAUGAAAAAUAAUAAUGACAUCAUAAAUAAGAAACUGAUUUUCAUCAAUCAAUAUAUGCAUACGAAGAAAAUCAGUCACUAAUUGUAAUUUUAAGUCAGAGAAUAUCUUAAUUACUAUUGGUAUUAAGAAUAGACCCAAUAGACCAAAGAAUAAACUGAUAUACUCAGUUAACUAUCUGAUGAUUUAAGAAUGCAAAUAGCAGUUGAAUCUAAUAGUGUAGUUCUUAGAAAUUGUGAAUUCUUUUACAAAAACUUUUCGAAUGAGUUUUUGAAUGAUUUAUUAAAGAACCUCCAAUUUUAAUCAUUUUAACCAUCCUCAACCAUAAAUAUAUUUAAUGAAGUUGACUAUUACAUUUAUAUCAUCGAAUCUGGACAAGUUGAUGUCUAUGCUAAAAACUAAGACAGGAGGGUUUUAAUUGGAAAUUUUACAGCAGGUGAAUAUUUUGGAUUAAAUGAAUUCCUCACUAAUUAGAAAACAUUCUAAUAUGAAUACAAAAGUUCAGGAUUUGUAAGUACUCUUGUGAUUCCAAAAUCUAAAUUUUAUCAAUUAAUAUAAAAAUAUUAGGUUGAUUUUGAGACGUAUUGGAAUUUAAAAACAAAUUGUCAAGUAGAUAUAAAAUGUGCGAUUUGCGAUUCUCGAAGACAUCCCCCAGAGUAAUGCAAAUAAGUUCAUUUUAUACCAGACAGAGAGAAGGUCAUCAAAUAAUUUAAUUAUUAUCAAUCCCAAGAUAGAAUUACAUUCUCAAGAAAUUCUAGAAGAAUUAGAUAAUUAUAUCAUGCUUAAACGGAUUAGGAAAUCUUAAGAGAGGCAGCUUAAAUGGUGAAAGUUAAGAAUGAUAGUCAAUUCUUUUAAAAAUAUUAAUAUAUUUAGGAUGAUACCACGCGAUUUGAAAGUCAAGACAUACUCACUAAGAAAGACAUCGAAUCGGUUGGUGUGCUCAUAAAGGAUCUUGAAAGUAAGUCAUAUUUCGAUUUCUGUCAAAAAUCUCAACUAAAGUCAGAAAAAGAAAUUGGUGAUGGGAAAUUGAAUUUGUCUUCGGAAUUCUUAACUUUGAAAGCUCUUAAAGAGAAAUUGAAUCAUAAAGAUCUUUAUACAGAGAGGGAAUUAUAAUAGAUUGAGUAUUUAAUUUAAUUGCUGGAAUUAAAAUUAAAUCUAGAAGAUAAAAUAGAAUUAGAUAAGAAACAUGAAUAUCAAACUUUUAAUCAAAAAUCAAAUAUCAACUUUGUUUUAAAGAAACUGAUACACCCUGUUCGGUAUAUCAUGGCUUCUACGUCUAAGAGUUUAGAUCAAUAUACUUUAAUAAGUGGGAAUAAUUGGUUGAAAUAUUUAUUUUACCCUUAUGAUUUUAUAAAUUAGUAUCGAUUCAAUAUAACUCGAUUGGGAAUGCCUAGAAAAUCUUUAGUAGUUCGAUAGCAAGAGCAUCGAUUAUCUAAUGCAUUAUUACGAAAAAAACAACAAAAUCGUUCCAUUAAAAGAUAAAUUUAGGUAUUUCCUAUAAAAUGA